ACAGCGUUUGGCUUCUUCCUCGUUUCCAUUUACAUUAGUUAACUGCACUGGUCUUUGCUGCACCAUUCGCAGCUUUGCACUAAACUCUCGCAGAUAUGUUUUUAGGAACGAGGUGGUUUGUCUUUAUUUUACUCCAUGUGACCUUCGCCUCUGCUGAGAAGACGACAGCAGCCACGGUGUACUGGGACGCACAGCACAAGCUAGUCACACUGAAGGAGGGCGUUCUGGAGACGGAGGGCGAUGCAUACGGGUACCUGAACGACACCCUGGCCGGUACGGGCUGGAGCAUCCUGGAGAUCCGUGCCGGAUACGGACAGACUCCUGAAACCGACGAGAUCACCUUCUUCCUGGCCGGCUACCUGGAAGGUUUCCUCACUGCCCAGCAGAUGAUGGACCACUACACCAACAUGUAUCCGCAGCUGAUCCGUGACCCAAAGGUCCUCGAACCAGUUAAAACGUUCAUGAUGAAGCAGGACGCGUGGGUCAGAGAGCAGGUGAAGCUGAACAAGAGCUCCGAUCCUCUGUGGAAACACGCCGGCUUCCUUGUGGCCCAGAUGGACGGCCUGCAGGCAGGAGUGGCAGACUGGGCCAAGAGAGAAGGCAAGAAGCCGCUGUCGGCGUUUUCCAUCCAGUUCCUGAACGCGGUGGGAGACCUGCUGGACCUGAUCCCAGCCUUGGUCCCCGACUCCAACCCUCCACUCAGGGACUUCAAACUUCCAGGGAUGGGCCACUGCUCGGCCCUCAUCAAGAUGCUGCCAGGCUUUGAGAACCUGCUGUUCGCUCACUCCAGUUGGUACACUUACGCUGCCACCAUGCGCAUCUACAAACACUGGGAUUUUCAGAUUUCUGAACCCCACACUGCCACUGGGAGAAUGUCCUUCAGCAGCUACCCUGGUUUCCUGGUGUCUCUGGAUGACUUUUACCUCCUGGGCAGCGGUCUGAUGAUGACCCAGACCACCAACAACGUGUUCAACUCCUCCCUGUUUGACACCAUCACUCCAAACAGCCUGCUGGCGUGGCAGCGGGUCCGGCUGGCUCACAGUUUGGCUCGCACAGGAGAAGAGUGGGGUAAAACCUUCUCCAUGCACAAUUCUGGUACCUACAACAACCAGUACAUGGUGUUGGACAGGAGCAAGGUGAAGUUGGGCCACAGCAUUGACGACGGUGCUCUGACGGUGGUGGAGCAGAUCCCCGGCUUGGUGGAGUACUCGGACCAGACGCAGGCUCUGCGCAGGGGUUACUGGCCGUCCUACAACGUUCCCUUCCACCAGAAAAUCUACACGCUUAGUGGAUAUGGAGAAAUGUGGAGGGAGUAUGGCGAGGACUUCUCCUACGAUCUGUGUCCCAGAGCCAAGAUCUUCCGGCGCGACCAGGCCGAUGUCAAGGACCUGGACUCCUUGAAACACAUCAUGAGAUUUAAUGAUUACAAGAAGGACCCUUACUCCAUGGGCGACCCCUGCAAGACCAUCUGCUGCCGUAACGACCUAAAAGCUGAGGGGGCUUCCCCGGGUGGUUGCUAUGACACUAAGGUGACGGAUUUCCACAUGGCGGGGGAUUUCGUCGCCGAGGCGGUGAACGGGCCGACGACGCAGGAUGGACUGCCGCCGUUCCGCUGGGAUGAAUUCAGCGGCAUCAGCCACCAGGGCCUGCCGCUGUCAUACAACUUCACCUUCGUCAGGAUGAAGCCCCUCCUCUAUAAGCCAUGAGAGAGUGUGUGCGUGUGUGUGCGUGUGUGUGUGUGUGUGUGCGUGUGUGGGUGUGUGUGUGUGUGUGAGAGCGAGAGAGAGAAAAUAUAUCCAGGAGCACAGAUACAAUCUAAUCAUUUCAUUUGAUUUUUACCUCUUUGUUGUCUGUGAAUUUUAUUCAGGAUUUCCUGCGACAUGAUUUAAAAACACCCUAUGAAACUUGACAGAUUUUAAAUAAGAAUUUAAACAGGUAUUUCACUCAGGGUCUCUUUAUCUACAAUGAGAGGAGAAUGCAGCCAUUUGUGCCUUGAACAAGCCAGUAGCAUUAUGAACUGAUAAAAAUGCACUAAUCAUUAUAAAUGGUGGAUUUAUUCCCCUUUUUUGAUGCUUUGAUGUCUUCAUGUACUGAGACACUGAUCUUUAAUCAGAAAUAAAUGUUCUUAAUUUUC